AUGGCCAUUAUCGCCUCUCAAUUGAUCAUAUCUGCACUCUUUUACAAUUACCCAGCUCGAAAAGAGGCUAUGCUGCAAUUCACUAAGCUGAAUUUUGUCACUCUUCUCAUCCACAUCACUAAUAAGGUCUCUCCUACUGAGCUCAUAUUCACCUUUAAUGGCGACUCUUCUCUAUUAAAGGAUGUUGUUCUUAAGGAUAAAGUGUCCAAGAAAUACUCGCUACAUUUAGAUCCUCAUGCCAUCAUCAUAGCCAAUCAUCAGAUCUAUUCUGAUUGGUUGUUUGUUUGGUAUCUUGCCUAUUUAAAUAACUGCGCAGAUCAAAUCUUCAUCGUAAUGAAGAAGUCCCUUCAGAGAAUACCUGCCAUUGGGUUCGGAAUGCGCAAUUUCAGCUUCAUCUUCCUCACCCGGAAUUGGGCUGCAGAUAGAGACUACAUGUGGCUUCAGUUCAACAAGAUCUGUCAUUUGGGUUCUAAAUGUUGGGUGUUGAUCUUCCCUGAAGGGACCAAUAUGAGUAGUGGCACCAUUGUAACAUCCAACAACUUCGCCAAGAAGAUUGGCAGUAAACCUACAAAGUAUGUGCUACUGCCCCGUGCUAGAGGCCUCUAUUUGUCGUGUAAAAGUUUGGCUAAGACCACUUCUACUCUGUAUGAUCUUACUUUAGGUUACAGUGGUCAUACCAGCGAACAGAUGGCUCAGGAUAUAUACUCUUUGAGGAAUAUCUACUUGCUUGGAAAAGCGCCACAGACUGUCAGCAUUCAUAUUUCUGCCUAUAAUUUGCAGAAUGACAUCCCCAGAGUGGAUUUUACGGGGACUGCUACUUCACCUCUUUCUACAGAACAGGAGGAACAUGAGAUCGAGCAGUUCAACGACUGGCUAGCCAAGCUUUGGUACAAGAAAGAUCAAUGGAUGAAGCAUUACUACGAAACAGGAAAGUUCCCUGAUACAGACGGUAGAGAAUAUAGAGUCCAAUUAAAGUUGAGGAAUAGAUUGGAGAUCUUUAACGUGUAUAUAAUUCCGGCUUUAUCAGUCAUGUUUGCCUAUCUAAUUUUCAGUGCGGUGAGAUUAAUGCUAUAG